AUGGCCCCAUGCCCUCAUGCCCUCGUGAUCCCAUGCGCCCCCAUACCUGCAUGUCCACAUGCCCGCAUGCCCCUCCUCAUGACCCUCACUGUGCGCAGAUUCUUCUGUGCGCUGCCGCCGUCGUUGCGCGGCAAGUGGGCUGCCAAGUCAGCAGAGCUGCUCGCACCACAGGGGGUGUUCUACACGCUCAUGUACCCCCUCGACGAUCAUGAGGGCGGCCCACCUUAUGCUGUCUCCAAGGACAGGUGCAUCCCCCUUGCACCCCCUCCCGCCUGCCCUCCAUCUCCCCUCUGUCCCCCCUGUCCCCCCUGUCCCCCUGCCCCCAUUGUCCCCCCUGUCCCCCCUGUCCCCUCUAUCCACCCUACCCCCCUGCCCCACCUCGUCGUAUGCGCUGUUCGCCCACGUCCUACCUUGUCCUGCCCCUCUGCCCCACACACCCUUUGCUGUGUACUCAUCAUCUGUUUCUCCUCAUCUCUUCCUACCCCACCCAUCCAUACCCUCCACGCCUCGCUCCUCACUCACACACCUGCCAAACUCCCCACCGCCACCGACUCCUCAUGCUGCCACUGCCCUCCUCCCCCUGCCCGCCCCACGAGCGGCCCGAGCAGCUAUGCGGAGGUGCUGGAGCCGCUGGGUUUCAUGGCAGAGGAUCUGCCGACAGUCAGUGUGCCGCCCAGAAAGGUGCGCCCGGUGGGCUGCACGUGCAACAGGGCAUGGGUCACCAAGGCACGGGUCACCAGUGCUGUGCCUGUCAGCAGCGCUGUGCUUGUUGCUCACUCCCUCUUUGGCUCAUUGCAUGUGCGGCCACUCACCUGCCUGUGCCUGUGUUGUUGUGCUCUGCUCAUGCAUGCGAAGGGUGAGCAGGGCAAGGAGCAGCUGGCCAAGUGGGUGCGAGUGUCUGCAGCAUCCAAGGUGUGA